CCACAUCCGGCUCGAAGAUGGCGGAGGAUAUGUUUGGCGAUUCCUCGCUUUUUGACGAAUUCGAAAAAGAACGGGAUUCUAAAGGAAGUUUCAUAUUGUAUAAGGUUAACGAAGAAGGAGAAGAAGACAAAAGUAAAAUUCUUUUCCGAAUCGGCGAUUCUGAGGAGAGCGAAUCAUCAUCUGACGAUGAUUCCGGCGAAAGUGAAAAUGAAAACGAAGAUGCAGAAGAGAAACACGAAGGAGCAUCGGCGCAUGGCCAUGUCGAUGGCAGUGAUAUUGUAAAUGGAGGGAAAUGCCAUACUAAGAACCAACAGUCUGUCGAUAAAAAUACAGAAUUUAAGCUGACGCAUGAACGCAAUAAGUUUGAGAGAUAUGCAAGGAUCAUCGACUCUACACGGUUUGCUAGUGAUAUGGGCAGUCCAGCUUGUCAGAUUAUAUAUCAAAACAACAACUUUUCAAGGAAGUAUCGUACAUCAAUUGAAGGGUAUAUCUCACAUCUGAUUAAUAGAGAGGAACAGGACAAGAGAGACAGACUGCCAGAGUUACAGCUCAAGAGCUCUAAUCUGACUUGCGUAGAUCUGAACAGUAAACUGACUGCUAGCCAACGAAACAUGAAAAUGUGGUCUUCUCAUGCGAUCCUAGGGAGCAGUCAAUUUCACAGAGACUUUGUCAUCGACCCAUUGGGCUGGCCACUGGUAGCAGACAAUCCCUCCCUCACCGACAGCUGGGAGGCACCCAAAUAUGAACAGGUAUACACAGAUCCACUCCCAUUACCCGAGGAGGAGUUGGAUAGUGGUCCCAGUAAACCACAGAGACAAAAGCCUACAUGUUUUAAUUGCUGUGGCGAACAUAUGAUAGCAGAUUGUCCAGAUCCCAAAGACUUCACACGUAUCAGGAAAAACCGAGAUAAAUUCCGGCAGGAAAGUGGGUCACAGAAACCACCGUCCAAAAGAUAUCACGUGGAAAAUACUUUUGAGUCAGAAAACAGCAGUUUUGCACCUGGUGUUAUAAGUGAAGAGCUGAAGGAUGCUCUCGGGAUUACGUCUCGCUACCUUCCCGCUUAUAUCUACAAGAUGAGGGUUCUGGGAUACCCGCCAGGCUGGUUAGAGGAGGCCAAAGUACAGGGCUCAGGACUGGCAAUGUUUGACGGCGAGGGAAAUGAGGUUAAUGUAACAGGGGAGAGCAUGGAAGACGGUGAGGUCCGCGACACAGUUCCUAACAAAGGCCAGAUAGAUCCUCACAAGAUUAUAGCGUAUCCUGGCUUCACCGUGGCAGUACCACCGGACACCAUAGACGAAUACGAGGAGCUAGGAGCCCCACCCCUACAGGAACACCAGCUGAAGAGUACUCUCACCGCCCAGCUGACUGGCAUGAAGAGAAAGAAUGACGAAAUAGAGGAAGAGUCCCGAAGGAAGAAGAGGAAGAUGGAGAGGGCUAGCAUGGAGGAGAUGGACCUAUCAGACCAUGAGGAUAUAAAGAACAAGUCGCUUGACAGCGAUGGUUUUGUUCCACCUCUGCCCAUGGAUACACCUCCGUCGAAGCCUCCCCCUCCAGACAGCACCCCUCCUGUUACACCCGACAUUUUAAAACCAAAGCGAUUACCACUCCCUGGAGAACCACCACUGCCAAUCAACACUCCCCCAGGCAAACCGCCUAUCCCUGCAGAAACCCCACCUCCUACUCCCAAAGGAUUGACUCAAGUAAAACAGGUGCCACGGGGGCACUCACCAUCACUGGAGGACUUAGAGCAGCAGUAUCAGUUACUACAGGAGAAGUUGGGUGAAGCUGAUGGAGAUAAAGAGGUGGAGCUACAGGUGAUGGACAGCUGUGGACCAGAAGAUGAAGAUGAUGACCUUGACGUUGCUAAAAGUCAACUGUCAAAGAUUAGCUCGGUUGAGUCUGCGAGCAGCAGUAGCACUCAGGAGCUCUCUCAAAGCCAGAUGUCCAGGAUGAGUUCUACUGCUUCCAUCACCUCAUUUGGAGAAUUGGGGAGAGGAAGUCCGACCUCCUCACUUCCUGGCACGCCGGUCGUGGGACCAAGUAGUAAUUUGACAGAACUGAACUUUUCCUUCAAAUCCACUACUGGGUCCAUAUCUCGUGACUACGGCACUCCAAUACAGCAGAGACAAGGUGUCGCUAGUGAUCUGCCUGAUGCGGACAAAUUCGGAGAAGGGAUAAUGGAUCACAUCCCUUACGAAAAUCUCCCAGAGGCCACUGGUACCUUUGAAAAAAUGCGUGGACUUAUUGACAGAAUAAGGAGUAAAGUUAGUCUGAGGAAGAAGAAGUCCUGACCAACAUAUGUUGUGAAUAUCUUUCUAGCCUUACGCAUGUGUCACUCCUUGUUUCCAUCAAUUGUCAUUGUGUGAUAUCACAAAGACGAAUGUCUGAUCAUAGUCAUACAGAUUAAUAAAAUCUAGCACUCUUUUGUGACAUAGAGAAAUCUCGAUCCAAGGGUGAAGUUUUUAAUGUUUAACACAUGGCUGUGUCAAGUGUUUAGCUUAAAAACAAUUAUCCCGAGGAUUGGGAUUUCUUUCUGCUUCACAUGUACAGAGGAGUGAUUGAUUAUUUUUCUCCCUUACUUUCCAACCAUAAAAAAUGUUGAAUUAUGGUGAAUCAUCAAUUAUGCAUGAAAUGUGUGACAAAAUUUAGAAAUACUAUCCUUGUUCACUACAUAAAGUGAUGAUGUUAUGAUGACGUUUUAAGAGUAAUAGAUUGAGUGAGCUGUCAUUCUCUGGGUAGGUAAGGACAGGUUUAGAUGUGAGGAUAUAUAGUUAUCUGAUCAAAGAUAGCUGUGUAAGUAUCUUACAUUGAUAGCGAGGUGGUCGUAUAUAUCACCAUUUGUCCGAGACAAAUGUCAGUCAUAGAUGUCAUAUCAUUAUCUUAUAAACCUUGUCAUAGAUGUCAUUUUUAUGCAGAAAUUGUUAUCUGAUUAUUGAUAUCGCUAGCAUCAUCACACACAAAUUAUUGGUGAGAGUUAUCUUUGUCUCGCCCUAGGGUUGAGAUGGAAGGAUUCCCCUAUUCAUAAUAAUGUCACGCCAACAAUCCACCAACGUCGGGUCAAUCGUGAAUUUAGCAUGUAACGUUAACAAGACAAACGAAAUGAUAUAUCGUAUGUAAAAUUCCAAUUAUAAAAUGUUUAAAAGUCUUCUUAAGUUGAUGUCAACUUAAUGAAAAUGGUUUAGCUUAGAUAUUUUCAAAAAACAUGCAAAUGUAAGCUAAAUAAUAUAUCUACCUUUUAAAUCUGUUAAGAUGAGAAACAAUGUAGAAGUUCAAAAUAUAGAUGUAAAUGAUAUGCAAUGUUAAAACAGAGUAAGAGAAAAAGAAUCAUUCAUCCCCUUCAGGGUGAGAAAGGGGAAUCUCAACGCUCAGGGAAAGAUUCUUAAAUCGCCAAACACUCUGCAAAGCCUCGUGUUUGGCAACUUAAGAAUCUUUCCCCUCAGGUUGAGAUUCCCCUAUCUCACCUUCAAGGGGGUGAGCUAUUCUAUCAAUCUUUCCCUACCUUGAGAGUGGGACAGAGAAAUCUCAACCUGAGCGGUAACAUAUCAUUGGUUGUCUUACCUGAGGCUUGCUUCACACCGAGGGUAAAACAUUCAAGAUUAAUAGACACCUAGUGAAAAGUUUGUAAUUUGAUUGUUCGAGACAAAUUGAUCAUUUUACACUGUCACAUUCGUUUUAACAUUGAGUCAAUGGAAGGGUGCUUCUCAAUGCUCUAGCAAUGGGUGACAGUGCAAAAUACUGACUGUGCAAAGAAGAUGCAAGUGUAGUUGACUUUUGGUAAAAUAAAAAAAUACUACACUCGUUAGUUUGUGACAGUGCCUAGGGUCAGCCCGAGGGUAUCACUGUCUGACAGUGCCUAGGGUCACCCCGAGGGUAUCACUGUCUGACAAUAAUAUGAACACUGCAUUCCCCUCAGGUUACAGUGUCACGGAGGGGAAUGUAAUGUUCAUAGUAUCUUGCCCAGAGGGUUGAAACUACCCUCACUGCUGGGGAUAUUAUGUUCUGGUUAUCAGUUUAUUGUUCUUAUGAAUUUACCGUAAUGUUUCUUUCUGUGGUGUUAUGAUGUCAUGUCGUUGUAGUAUCUUUCAUACCCUUUGGGGUUGACAGAGAAAUUUUGAACGCGUAAUACUGGAGACAUUUCUGGGGGAAUUUAGGGAGAAUAAAAGAUUUUUUUAUAUGUAGGUAUGAGGGAUAUGGCUUUGUCAAGGUUCUGGCUCUAGGUAAUGCACCCAAUGGUAGAAUUGUAUAUCCCACAUAAUAACAUAAUGAUGGCCAAUAUUUCUACCAUCUCUUUACCAAACUUUUGGUAAGUUAUCCCACGGUCCAAAAAAGGCUGGUCCCUCAUUUGAGAACACAUACCCCCCCUACCCCCACAUGGUGGAUUAAAAUUAAAUUAGUCCUACAGACAUUGGUUUCUGAGAAAAAUAUUACAAAUAUUACAACAGUAUAGAGAUUAUCUCCUUGUCGUAGUGUUUGUUUGACUACUAAAUAUAUUGUGCCAGUUUGGUUAUAUAUAAACAUGAGUGUUUGGUAUAUAUAUGAUUUUUUUAGAGAAAACUGCUUUAAUCUGUCAUGAUAGCUAUUGGAUUGUAAUGAGUGUUCGAUAAAGUGCCGAUAGAAUACACUCUGGUUCAGCAGAUCAAUGAUUGUACAUAUAUUGACAUAGUAAGUGUAUAAUUGAAUUAUUAUUUCAGCUAUGCAUAGGUAA